AUGGGCCCCUAUACCGCCUCCUCAUGCUGCUGCCAGGCCCCUAAUCUGCCAUGGGCCCCUAUACCGCCUCCUCAUGCUGCUGCCAGGCCCCUAAUCUGCCAUGGGCCCCUAUAUACCGCCUCCUCAUGCUGCUGCCAGGUCCAGAGUCUCUCAUGGGUCCCUGUACGGCCUCCCAUUGCUGCUGUCUCCAUCGCCACACUCUGCCCAUGUGCCACUUUCAGGUCUCCUCACACACUGCUGGUGUGUUCCAUUUUUUGACAUAGGGUGCUGGCAGAUUACGGGCCUCCCAUAGCUGCUGCCCAGGCCCCUAAUCUGCCAUGGGCCCCUAUACCGCCUCCUCAUGCUGCUGCCAAGUCCAGAGUCUGCAUGGGUCCCUGUACGGCCUCCCAUUGCUGCUGUCUCCAUCGCCACACUGCCAUGUGCCACUUUCAGGUCUCCUCACACUGCUGGUGUGUUCAAUUUUUUGACAUAGGGUGCUG